AUGUCGGGCAGCGGGGGAUCUCUGAGCGGGUUAGGGGGAGGCGUGAGCAGCGGAUUCGUGGCGGGGGGAAGGCGAUGGGAGGAUCUGCGGAAAGAUGCGCGGCGAGUGGAGAGCGAGGUGGACCACCGCCUAGCCGCCUACUCCAAGCUCGGCGCCGCCUUCGCGCUCGCCUCCUCCUCCACCGCUGCUGGCUCGCUGCCCGACCCCUCCGAGGCGCAGAGGCCCAAGCGGGUCUCCGUGCUUCUCUGCUGCCCUGCCCUCUCUCGCCCGCUCCUCCUCCGCCUCUGCUGCUUACUUCCCAAUUCCUGCCCAGCACACCCGUCGCCCUCCGCUGAGGCUCCAACUUUCCCUUCGCCUCCGCCGUCGCCUCCUCCUCUCCUCCCGCUCUCCCCCCUCUACUCUCCCCUAUCCUCCCAACUUUCCCCCCACUCCUCCCUCCUCCCCUCGUCUCUCUCCAUGCCAAUGCGUUGUCCCCCUCCCCUCUCCUCCCCCCCUUCGCAAGAGCGAGAGAGAGGCGCCUCUGCAGCAGCUUGCAUCGCUCAACGAUGCCAUGGGCGGAUCAGGAAUCCCACCCACCCCACUGCAUCCCUUCCCACCACUUUGAAAACCUUUUCCCCCUAUCAUCAGAUCCGAGAGGGCGAGAUAGAGGUGCUGCUGCAGCAGCUGGCUUCUCUUAACGACACCAUGGGCGCACGUUUGUCUGUCCAACCCACUGCAAAUCCCCCCCUGCCCUCCUCUCUUCCCCUCUUUCCCUCCUCUCUUCCCCUCCUUCCGUUGUUCAUCAUCAGAUCCGCGAGGGCGAGACAGAGUAGAGCGUGCCAGAUAAGAAGUGUCUCCUGCCUGCUGCCCGCCUCCCCCCCAUCCCACCCUCCUCUCUCCCUUUCAUGCUUGCCUGUGAUCCGAGAGGGCGAGAUAGAGGCGCUGCUGCAGCAGCUGGCGUCGCUGAACGACGCCAUGGGCGCAUGUGCUGCUGCGGGCGGGGCGGGAGGAGGCAGCUCAGAGCUGCAGGCGCACACUCUCACCCGCCACAACAACAUUCUGCUGGAGUUCUCUAGGGAGUUCGCCCGCACGCGGGCAGCAGUGACCACCAACCUGGAGCGAGCGCAGCUGCUGGGAGUGUUCGGCAAGGCGGCUGAACACGCUUCUAUCGGCCAUCAGGAGAAGAAGAAGUCACGGGACUCGCUCAUUCUUGCUGCCGUCAUCGCCGCCUGCACACUCUUCCUCCUCGUCUACUGGCUCAACAAGUAG